GCGGCGGGCUCGUGCCGAUGGAGUGGGAGCGGAGGCUGCGGGCCCGCCUGGCCGCACGCCGUGCGCCCAAAAAGAGCGAACAAGAGCUAAAAGAUGAAGAAAUGGAAUUGUUCACAAAAUAUUAUAUGGAAUGGAAAGGAGGGAAAAAAAGUGACAACAUGUCAUAUGCAAACAUACCGCGAUUUUACUACAGGCUGCCAGCUGAAGAUGAGGUCUUGCUUCAGAAAUUAAGAGAAGAAUCUCGAGCUGUCUUUCUGCAAAGAAAAAGUAGAGAACUGUUGGAUAAUGAAGAGCUGCAGAAUCUAUGGUUUCUACUGGACAAACAUCAGACAUCACCAAUGAUUGGGGAAGAAGCAAUGAUUAAUUAUGAGAACUUCUUAAAAGUUGGUGAAAAAGCUGGACCAAAAUGCAAGCAAUUCUUUACAGCAAAGAUCUUUGCUAAAUUGCUGCAUAAUGAUCCUUAUGGGAGAAUCUCUAUCAUGCAGUUCUUCAAUUAUGUCAUGCGAAAAGUAUGGCUUCAUCAGACAAGAAUAGGUCUCAGUUUAUAUGAUGUGGCAGGACAAGGCUACCUCAGAGAAUCAGAUUUAGAAAACUAUAUUUUGGAACUCAUCCCUACUUUGCCACAACUGGAUGGCUUAGAAAAAUCUUUUUACUCCUUUUAUGUCUGCACAGCAGUUAGAAAGUUCUUCUUCUUUCUGGAUCCUCUCAGAACAGGGAAGAUAAAGAUACAGGAUAUCUUAGCUUGCAGCUUCCUGGAUGAUUUACUGGAGUUAAGGGAUGAAGAACUUUCUAAAGAAAGUCAGGAAACAAAUUGGUUUUCUGCUCCUUCUGCAUUAAGAGUUUAUGGUCAGUACUUAAACCUUGACAAAGAUCACAAUGGCAUGCUCAGCAAAGAAGAGCUGUCCCGCUAUGGAACAGGCACUCUGACCAACAUAUUCUUGGAUCGUGUCUUUCAGGAAUGCUUAACUUAUGAUGGUGAAAUGGACUAUAAAACCUACCUGGACUUUGUGCUUGCAUUAGAAAACAGAAAGGAGCCUGCAGCUCUGCAAUAUAUUUUCAAACUGCUUGAUAUAGAGAACAAAGGACACCUGAAUGUCUUUUCCCUUAAUUAUUUCUUUAGGGCUAUUCAGGAACAAAUGAAAAUUCAUGGGCAAGAACCAGUUUCUUUUCAGGAUGUCAAGGAUGAAAUCUUUGAUAUGGUGAAGCCUAAGGACCCUUACAAAAUCUCCCUUCAAGACUUGAUCAAUAGCAGCCAAGGAGACACUGUUACCAGCAUUCUGAUUGAUCUCAAUGGGUUCUGGACCUACGAGAACAGAGAGGUCCUUGUGGCCAGCGACAGUGACAGCACUGCUGAUGGUGAUGAAACGUGACUGCCAGUGGGAGCAACUAUCCACAGAGAUCUCCAUUGGAUGGGCCAACUGCUGGAAGCUGGAAAUGUUCAUUAUCUGAAUUAAUUCCUCUUCCAUUUUACUUCUCUCCCUUCCUCCUCUGCCCCACAUAUGAUAUAAAAUGUGGUACAUAAACAAAUCACAGAACUAAUUUCUGAAACCAAAAAAGCAAGUGCUGUUUAAGGGCAAAAAGAACCUUUUUUUUUAAUAAAUAUUUUUGGACUUUUUUCAUGUGUACCAAGCCCUGUUUUUAUUCAAAUACCUUAUUCUACAUGUGAAUUUAACCUGAAAGUAAGAAUGUGGUUCUUGGUAUCUUCAGCACUGGCCUGUAUCCAGUCACCCAUCCCAAGCCUCCCUUUCCAUCCUGCAUGGCUUCCUCUAAUGACAGCACUGUUGAGCAUUCUGUUGUGAAGGCAAAAGUUUUCAGUAAGAAG